AUGGCCGUUAUCGAUGGAAGAGCCAUCUGACGUGGCAAUAUAUAAAAGUUUGCUGUGUGAUUAAGUCCUGUCUGCUUUUAUAUACGUGGUUCUGUCCAGUUCCGUUGACCGCUUGCGAUAUUUUGGCGAUGAAGGGGACAUAUUCUCGUUUACAUCUCGCCUAAUUUAUCAUCAGUUUACGCUUAAUGUUUGAACGGAUCUCUUUGACAUCACGCAGUCUAACAUGGCAUGGAGUAGAUUAGUUCUUGUUUUGCUAGCUCUGACCCUCGUUUGCGGAGAUGAACACAAUCAUGUCUACGACGAUAAUGACGAGGUAGUAUUAUGGAUGAGUACGGUGGGGCCAUACCACAACCGACAAGAGACUUACUCGUACUUCUCUUUGCCAUUUUGUGCUGGAGCAAAGGCAGUGAUCAGCCAUUACCAUGAAACGUUAUCGGAGGCACUGCAAGGCAUUGAGCUAGAGUUUAGUGGAUUGGAUAUUGAGUUUAAAGCGGAUAUUUCCAAGACUGAGUAUUGCGAAAUUGAACUGAGUGAGAAAAAUCAAAAGGCUUUUGUUUACGCCGUGAAAAAUCAAUAUUGGUAUCAAAUGUAUAUCGAUGAUCUACCAGUAUGGGGAGUUGUCGGCGAGGCUGAAGAAAACAACGAUGUGGUUUCCUAUUAUAUUUGGGCACACAAAAAAUUAGAUAUUGGAUACAACGGAAAGCAAAUCGUAGACGUCAAUCUCACCAGUGAGAACAAGGUCAAAUUAACACAGGGUGCUCGCAUUCCACUCAGUUACGAAGUCAAUUGGAAGCAGAGCAAAGUAAAGUUUGAAGAUAGAUUUGAUAAAUACUUGGAUCCCAAUUUUUUCCAGCAUAGGAUUCAUUGGUUUAGCAUUUUCAAUAGUUUUAUGAUGGUAAUCUUUCUGGUUGGUUUGGUCUCAAUGAUAUUGAUGCGUACACUACGGAAAGAUUAUGCAAGAUACAGCAGAGAUGAGGAAAUGGAUGACAUGGAAAGGGAUUUGGGAGACGAGUAUGGAUGGAAACAAGUACAUGGAGAUGUAUUCAGACCUGCAGGACAUCCGAUGAUAUUUUCAGCACUUGUUGGUGCAGGAUAUCAGGUUACCGUAGUAGUGCUUAGCGUUAUCAUUUUCGCUAUACUUGGAGAAUUGUACACAGAACGUGGAUCUAUGUUAUCCACAGCAAUAUUUGUUUAUGCGGCAACAUCACCUAUUAACGGCUAUGCAGGCGGAGGUUUAUAUGCUAGAAUGGGAGGCAGAAUAUGGAUAAAGCAAAUGAUACUAAGUGCAUUCCUGUUACCUGUAUUGGUAUGCGGCACUGCUUUCUUCAUAAACUUCAUAGCCAUGUACUACCACGCCAGUCGCGCAAUCCCAUUUGGGUCUAUGGUGGCAGUCACGUGUAUUUGUAUAUUCGUUAUCUUACCGUUGACCUUGGUGGGAACCAUCCUGGGACGUAAUCUGGCUGGUACACCGGAUGCUCCGUGUAGAGUGAACGCAGUCCCGAGACCUAUACCAGAGAAAAAGUGGUUUAUGGAACCACUAGUCAUCAUCACACUUGGUGGAAUUUUACCGUUCGGUUCCAUAUUUAUUGAAAUGUAUUUCAUCUUCACGUCAUUUUGGGCAUACAAGAUCUAUUACGUUUAUGGGUUUAUGUUAUUAGUAUUCGUUAUUCUGAUGAUCGUCACUGUCUGCGUGACCAUUGUCUGCACAUACUUCUUAUUGAAUGCCGAAGACUACAGAUGGCAAUGGACAAGUUUUUUGGCAGCCGGUUCUACAGCUGGAUACGUCUACGUUUAUUCGUUCUAUUAUUUCUUCUUCAAAACAAAAAUGUAUGGGCUAUUUCAGACAGCAUUUUACUUUGGUUACAUGGCCCUCUUCAGUUUAGCAUUGGGUAUCAUGUGCGGUACGGUAGGAUACAUUGGUACAAAUGCAUUUGUGCGCAAAAUUUACUCUACAGUGAAGAUAGAUUGAGCUGCAUUUCUAGUUAUUAAAGAGGUGUAUGAGCAUACCGUUUACUAAGUCACUGCUUAUCUUAGUUCUUCAAUAAACAGUGAUUUAGCCAAGACAAAAUUGAUGCUAAGUAUGUGAAAAUGACUGGCAAGAAUCUUAAACGCCACAAGAGCAUUUCCAUUUUCAGUAAUUUUCCUUCUCAAAAUUUCAAUCAUUUAAAAACUUAAACAUACGUAGAUUCAUAAUCCCAGCUAUGUAAUAAUUAGUAAUAAUUAUCAGUUGAAACUUCGCCAGACACAAAAACAUUGUAUUAAAAGCCAUAAUCAAUAGACUAAUCUGAAAUGGUAUAUCCCCAAGCAACGUUGUGAAUAUUUUUUUGAAUAUAAAUAGGAGUACCCAUUAUUCUGGUGAUGUUGAAUUAAAUUUAAUUAUAUUGAGGUAAGAAGUGGAACUCAGUUUUAUUACACAAUACAAAUGUGGUGGGUAAUUUAACUAUCAAUUUUAAUGACAACCCACAACUUUGUUUCCAAGUAAUGACCGAACGAUUGUUGAUUAUCAUUAAAGAAAUUUGCGUAUAUUUGUACAUAUAACAAUAAAUCUAUUAUAAAACCGAAACAUUUUCAUUAUGUCAAAUAAAAAGUUUUAAAGCCUUAGCUCGGUGUGUGUGAAAAAAAUGUUUGUAUUUCAGAUAUAGGUACAUACAUACCGUAUUACUCCGAGUAUAAGCCGAGGUUUUUGGUCGUUGGAAUCACCCGCCAAAAUCGUUGUCAAUUCAUACGCAGACCAGUUUUAUAUGCGUAGCUAAGAAAAACACCCUGACAUGCUGCUUCAGAAUUAGCGGUCGUCUUAUAUGCGGGGUAAGCUUAUACUCGUAACAAUACGGUAAUUACAGCAUAAAAUUUUAUGUAGGUGUAUAAUAGAUUCUUCGUAACUUCCGAUCUUUCCGGUUUUGUGUGGUCGAUGCUUUCUGAAGAAUUGGGAAGUUAGAGAGCGCUCGCUGCUCCGCGUUCAUCCUCUCUACUUGGCCACAAUCGAGUAGUGGUGAAAUAUGACUGUGCAGUACAGCUGACACUUGAAAUACUGCCAUUACAUAGAAUUUUCGUGCUUGCACAUUCCACGAAAAAUUUUUGAAAGAGACUACAGAUAAGGUUAAACGAUACUACAUGUUAUGUACAUGCGAGUAAAGUUGAUGUAAGUUGCCAUAGUUCUAGUAGGUUAGUAAUACUGUUGGCAGCACUGUAUUCAAAUAUACGCUGCACCGAUGCGAUGCACCAUUUGCAUUAAAUAGAAGUCGCCAGUGCUAACCGUAUUUCCCACUUACUGAGAUAAGCGGGGUCAGAAUCGACUUUACUCGUAUAUAUGUGGAUUUUUGUUCAAACCAAUAUUAAUACUUCAGUUCAACUGUUGCAAAACGCGAGUAUCUUUCAUAACAAUAUUGACAUGCAAUUUAUUUUUGCAUGUGACAUGCCAGAAUUCACUCAGAGAAAAGUUUAUUCAAUUCAAACUAAAUUUUUGUUUUAAUCAAACAAACUGUCACAUUGCCAUACAAUUGAAUUGUCCGUUAGAUUGAAAAUAAAUCUUUUAUUUAGUUUAGCUGAUUUACUUCAGUAAAAAUUUUUAUUUGUUUCGUGGAAGAGAGUCUCCAAAAAUUGAAAAAAACUGGUUAUUUUACUUCACCCAAUACCUUGUUAUCAUAAAAAAAAAAAAUUAUUUUGCAGUUUUUAAUGGUAUUCGAACUCAUAUUACUGCAUCACAAGUCACGCUAACUUCUGCAUCAAAGUAUCAGUUGUGGAACAUCAUGGAACGUUUUUGUAUUCAAAUAUUGCCGGAUACCGCAAAACAGCAUUGAUAAAUUUCUCCCACGUUAUUUCAUUCACAACUGCAUUUAAAAUCUUUCAUUACAUUGAUGAUGAUAGUGAAUGCUGACUUCUUAUCUUACAAUGAGUAGACAAACAAAAAAAAACGAACUAUUUUGUUAAACUAGCUAAAAUUUUUCUCUGGGUGUUGUAUUGAGUAAAAUCGUACUACAGUUAUACAACAAAUCUUCCAAUCUACCAUCAAACUUUAUAGGUAAUACAUACACUCCGAUUCUUCAUUGCUUUAUCAAAUACUUCACAAAUGGAAAAGUUAACAGAGUUUGAGUUUCAUUACGAUGUGAUCAUUUGCUCAUCAAAAAUUGGCUACACUUCCACGAUUUAUGAGAUGUUGAAAAUUUUGAUACAUUUUUAAAUAAAAAUUGAAUGCAAUAUGCACUAAAAUAAAUAAGUGAACUAAAAACUCUAUUGUCGUGAAUAAUACAUUUAUGUUAGAUGACAAUACAUACUAUACGCGACAAAACUCUAAAUUGCCUCAUCAUUUAAUCCUUCAAUUGCACACAUCCUUAAUUGUAUCAUCAGGUUUACACAGAUGCAUAUUAACACUUAGUAACUUUAAGGGCUUAUAACUUUAAGUUAAAUUGAGUGAUUUUAAUUUAAUUUUUUUUGUCAUCUGAAGGGCAAAGUGUAAAUAUCUCGUGAAAUGUAGUUUAACAUGGAGAAUUAUCAUUUUAUUGGUCAAAAAUGCUUAUUUCAUCAAAAAACCCUUAUUUUCCCAUUCGUCUAAUGUGUGUUCACGCCUGUUUGUAAUUCACAGGUUGAUUUGUAUUACAAAGGGGGGCCAGGACGAAAUCAAUAAACCUCGUUUGAACGAAUCGAAUUAAUUUCUAUCCGAGUUUGUCUGUAUCUAAUUUGAUCUAACCACAUAAUUUGACCUGACAAUAUGUUAUCUGAUCUAUUCUGAUCCAUCUGAAUAUAGUCUGGUAUGAUCUGACUCCAGUAUAACUUGUAAUAUUAUGAUGCUACACUGGAUAGAAUAUAAGAUCCGAUAAAAUCUAAUUAUAUCCACUCAGGUAUGAGAUUAUAUUUCAGUAUGGGGUACAGUUAUACCUCAGUGAAUGUAAACAUAUCUGAAUGAAUAUGAUUAUGUAUAAGUAGAUAUAAUUAUGUAUACAGAAGACGAUGUAAGUACAUUGAAGUUAACAGGAUAUUAAAUUAUAUCCAUAAAAUAUAACUUGAGGUGAUCGAAUAUCUUAACGCAUAGUGUUAGAUCUAACAAGAUAUAACUAUACUGACGUAGGUAUACCCAUAUGAAACUACAUAUUUGGCCAGAUUAUAUCUGGUCAGCUCUGUCUUGAUAUAAUAAUAUCUGAUAAUACAUAAUAUCAGAUCGGUAUAGAUAUAAUUGCAUCUAGUCGAAUUACUAUAUCUAAUCACAUUCGAUAUUGUAUAUAGUUAGUCUUGACAAUGUACCUAACUAGAUUUAACCGUAUACAACGUUAAAUCUGAUUCAAUAUUAUUAUAUACAUAAUUAUAUCUAUAUAAUUCCAAUUCGAUCUAAGAUCUGAUAAGACAAGAACUAUUUUCAAAAAAUAUAUCCAAUCGGAUCUAAUCAUAUAUCCCCAGGUAUUUAAUAUAGAAUACAAUUAUGAGUUAUAUUGGGAACGCAAUUAUUUCGAUGAGCUAAUGUUUAGAGGGAAGAAGACAAUAACGAAAGUGCACACAGCGAAAUAAUAUCUGUAUUCAUGAACGCACAGCAAUUCCCGCAGAUUAUGAAUCUGUUAUAUAUUUUGUCACUUCGUAAGAAUAUAGUAAUUCUGCAAAUCACUUGUAAAUACUUGAUUAAUUAGUAUUUUAAAUUCGUCAUCAUAUCAUAUAUCGCCAGGUUCGACCGUACCGAUUAUUAUAAACAUCCAUAACAUUAAUUGAUAUAUUAUUUUAUUUCAACACAUCUAUGUUAUAGAUGAGAUCUUCAUAAUAUAAAUUAUAGUGAAUAUUCUGCUAAUUUAAACUUUUCAUUAGUAAUAAGUAAAUUAUUAUCUGGCAGUAUAUAAUAAAUUUGUGUACAGUUUGGACAAACCCAGAACACACGAAGUAAAAGUCAUAUUCUCGCAAACUUAAAAGUUGUGACUCACGAUCAGCGAUGUCACUGAACGAGAACUUUUAACAUUAUUAUUACAUAACUUUUGCCUCGUAUUUUUUGGGAAAUAAGACUUGUGUGUGAAUAUACACAUUCUUUCUAAACUCAUGAUUUAUUGAGAGAAAGAAAGAUUAUUCAUCCUUCAUAUUAAUAUUCGAAUAAAAACUCAAUUGCGUAA